AUGCAAGCUCCUCCGCGGGCUCCCGCUCCCUCUCACCCUGUGAGUCCACAGGGUGUGGCAAGCGAGCGCAACGCCCCUCUCUGCGGCCUGAGAAAGCGGCGAAGGCCCCGCGGCUCAGCCUCAUCUGCGCAUUCCGCGUCUUUGUCGCUGGAGCGACGUCGCCUGCUUCGCCGCACUCGCAGGCUCUCCUCCAGCCUCCUUUCCGCUUCUCUCUCUGGCUCAGAUGAGUUCCCAUGCUCGCCUGCGGUCUCUCUGUCUGACCCGCCGCCGGCUCAGGCGUUUGAGGCAUCUGCGCCGUCGCCCUCCGCGCCUGCUUCCCUCUCGUCGUCUCCUGUCGAUCUGCGUGCGGCCUGUGCUGCGGCUCCUUCUGUGUAUGCGCCCUCUUCUUCUGCGCGUUCCUCUCCCGCGCCUGUCGCACGCACAUCGCCUGCUUCUUCUUCUGGCGCGGGGCUGGACUCAGAGCCAGGAGACGAUCCCGCCGCAUGCUGCGUGUCUUUGUCGGCUGUCGCCGUAGCGCAAAAACCGUUUGGUGUCUCUAGAUCGAUGGGUUCAGACUCUCUGGCGCUCUCGGUCUCUCACGUCGUCCCGCGGUGCGCCUGGCGUUUUCCACGCGGUCCGCUGCGGCUAUUUUUCGCUGUCCUUCACGUUGUCGCGCUCUCUUCGCUGUCCGCCUUAGGCGCCGCGGAGGCGCUUUCUUCUCCGUCGUCUCUUGUUCACUUUCUGUCGCCGCUCUUGUCUCAUCGCUCCUGCGGCGUGCCUCCUGCGAGUGCGUCCUCUCGCACCUCCCUCGCGUUCUCCGCGAGCUCGCCGCGCUGCCGCGCGCCUGCCUUCAUGUCGUCUCUCUCCAGCGUCUCAGCGGGUUCCGAGUUCGCCGCCUCGCCGUCUCUGGCGCGCUCCUCGAGGGCCUCGUCUCCCCUGACCUCUCCCAGCACGCCCGAUUCUGCGGCGGCUCAGGUCUCUUCUCUCGCGUCCUUAUCUGCGCUCCGCUCCUUCUCUCUGCUGCCGCGGCGGCGACAGCGGGUCAGCCGAAGCGCCGCGCUCUCCGCAGCUCUCCAUUUUUCGCCUCGUUCUUCUCCUCUAGGGCCGCUCCACGUCGCGGCGGCGCCCGGCGGCGCGGAGCUCUGGGCACCGGCUGCUUCAGUCGCCUCAGCCUCGUCUGCCGCGCCGACCGCGCGGGCGCAAGCCGCCGGCGCGAGCGAGGAGAGUGCGGAGUGGCUGCGGAACGUCGCCAUCAUCGCACACGUAGACCACGGCAAAACGACCCUCGUCGACGCGCUCCUGGUGCAUGCAGCCGAGCUGCAGUCGGCCGGCGACCUCAGAACCAGUUGGGACUUCGAAAAGCGAAAGGGCAUGCAGCGCAUGAUGGACACCGGCCAACUCGAGAAGGAAAGGGGCAUCACCAUCACCGCGAAAGUCUGUUCGUUGCGCUUCAAAGACGGAAAAAAAAUCAACAUCAUCGACACGCCAGGGCACGCGGACUUCAGCGGCGAAGUCGAGCGAGUGAUGCACCUUGCGGACGGAGUUCUGCUUGUCGUCGACGCUGUGGAGGGCUGCAAGCCCCAGACGCGCGUGGUGCUGCAGAAGGCGCUCCAGGCAGGUCUCAAAGCAGUCGUCGUGAUUAACAAGGUCGAUCGAAGCUCCGCGCGACCCGAGGACGUCGCCGCCCAAGUUUUCGAUCUCUUCCUGCAACUCGACGCGACUGAAGAGCAGGCUGAAUUUGAGGUCGUCUACGCCUCGGCGCUGAACCGUCAGAGUGGCUCCAGUCCCUCCGCCCUCGUGACCUCUAUGGAGCCGAUCGUCGAGGCGAUCAUGCGCCUGCCCUCGCCAGUCCGCCGGCGCCAGGAGAUGCUUGCGGCGCGGUCAGCGGCAGACGCCGCGGCUGCGGAGACUCCGGCGGCUGCGACGGAGCGUGAACAGCAGGCGCCGCUGCAGCUCCAGAUUGCCCACGUGGAUCGGAACGCGUACCGGGGCGUGAUGGCGAUGGGCAAGCUGCUGAGCGGGACGCUGGUGCCUGGCAUGCCUGUCGGCGUCCAGCGACCGGGCGAGCCUCUCAGAAAAGACGGAAGCGGCAGGGGCGAGGCGGAGGUGAAGAAAGAGGAGGGCGCGAAGUCCGCAGAAGCGUCCGGAGUCGUCGCCAGAAGCCCCGCGUCGCUCGUGGGAGACAUCAUCGUCCUCGCCGGCGUCACCACGGACGUGCGCGUCGGUGAAUCGGUAGUUGACCUCACGGACCCGCGCCCCCUGCCGCCGCUUAGCGUGGCGGAGCCGUCGGUGUCCAUCCAGGUGCUUGUAAAUACUUCGCCGCUCGCGGGAAAGGAAGUCGAGACGCCGACCUCCGGAACGAUGCUGCGGCAGCGCCUGCUUACCAUGACCGAACGAGACGUCUCCCUGCGAGUCGACACAAGUCCCGAAGAAGACGGAGGCCGCGGACCGUCGUCUUCCUGUCUUCUGCGGCUGAGCGGACGAGGGCCCCUUCACCUCGCCCUCGUCCUCGAAACACUUCGCCGCGAAGGCUUCGAACUACUCGUCGCUGCGCCUUCAGUGCUGCCUCGAUGGGGAGACGACGGAGAGCUCCUGGAGCCGGUGGAGGAGAUGGAAGUCGCUGUGCCUCAGGAGCACGUCGGCGUGAUUAUCAACGAAGUGAAACAGAGGAAAGGCGACUUGGUAGACGUCGUUAGUUCGUCCUCUUCUUCGCCUUCGGCGCUGUCGACGCUCCUCUUCCGCCUGCCGACGCGCAAGUCCUUCGGUCUGCGGUCGGCCGUCAUGUCUGCCACGAAGGGCACCGCUUCGAUCCACGCCGCUGCUGGCGGCUACCAGCCGGUCCCCACGGGCGAGGAGACGGACGGGCUGGUAAAGAUUGCGCGGAAAGACCGCCACGCUCUGCUGUCGUCCUCAGCGGACGUGCCGAGCAAACGCGACAGCAAGUCUGGCUCCAAGGGCUGCAACGCCUUCAUUCCGCGCGAGGGGGCGAAGCAGUCUGGCGGCUUCAACGUGAAGCGAGGCAUCGAAGGCGCCGGCGCCGGCAAAAAGAGAGAUAGAGGCUUCCUUGUCGCCACCGAGGAGGGAACGGUCACGGGAAAAGGUGCGCUCACCGCUCAGGAGAGAGGCCAACUCUUCGUCGCGCCCGGUGACCAAGUGUAUGGGGGCAUGAUCGUCGGGCUGAACAGCCGUGGAGGUGAUCUCCCGAUCAAUGUGUGCAAGGCGAAGAAACUCACAAAUAUGCGGGCGGCGCACAAGGAGAUCAAUGAGGGCGUUGUGCCGCCUAUUGAAGUCACCUUAGACUACGGAAUGGAGAUCAUCGGGGCGAAUGAAGUCAUGGAAGUAACGCCGAAGAGUAUAAGACUGGCAGUUCGGUCCGCAAUGCGAAGAUGA